AUGUGUCAUGAUCAAUUCAAAUCCAAUUGCUACAUCGUUCAGCUCUUUUAUUCGUUUUUCAAAACCCUUGUGGGUCAAGAAGUAAUCAUUGAACUCAAAAACGACUUGGCUAUUGUCGGAAAACUAGUAUCUGUAGAUCAGUUUCUCAAUUUCAAACUAGAUAAUAUUCGAGUAGAGGACGAGGAAAGGUUUCCACAUAUGAUGUCUGUCAAAAACUGCUUUAUUCGUGGUUCUGUUGUUCGGUAUGUACGUAUUCCUGCAUCAAAAGUGGAUACUGCAUUGUUGCAGGAUGCUGCCAGGAAAGAAGCUGAGCAGCAAUCAGGAAACGGUGCAUAA